UACUGUUUGAGCUGUGAUUGGUCACAGCUUGUCACAUGGUACAAGGCUGUUGUGAAUAGCCUUGUACCAUGUGACCUCUGUGAUCAUUCACAGAUUUCACUCGUAGUAAGCAAUGACGUCAGAAGUGACAUCUUGCUUACUACUCUUCAAGUGAUCAAUGAUUGGCCAAUCAGUGUUCACAUUGGCAGCCACAGCUGUCAUUCAUUGGGUCCCGGAUGGAGAUUCCCCACCGCCACCCAGCAAUCCCUGAGGAACAGUGAAAGGUGAGAGGUCUAUGGAGAGGUCUGUGUGUAAACAACACAGAUCUCUCCCCUGUCAGCAUGAACAGGCUGCUUUGUA